AUUACCCAAUAUCUUCUUUGUUGAAGAUAAUAAUAAGACUGAAAAAAGAUGAUCCAGAACCAAAAAUGAAAAAUGGAGGCCUACUCCCCUCACGCUAGUAGUACCUUCUUCACUCUCCAAGAAUUCAGCUCCGAAAUCCCUAAAAAUGGCGAUUUUAAUCAAUUCGAUUGCCCAAUUUCCCCUCAAACCCCAAUUCACCUUCAAAACCCACUCUCAAAAUCCCCCCUUUAAUUUCAACCCACCCACAGCUCCGGCCACCAUCAAACCCCAUCAAUGGCGGCGGCGCGCCAUAAAAUCCUGCAUUCCGAGCCCAGACAUCGACAUGGUUCGGACAAAAGCCGGAGUCUACGCCGCGAAGGCGAAGAAAGUGGUGGUCCUCUGGGAUUUGGACAACAAGCCGCCGCGGGGUCCGCCGUACGAGGCGGCGAUUGCCCUCAAAACCCUAGCCCAGAGAUUCGGCGACGUCGUCGACAUGGCGGCGUACGCCAACCGCCACGCGUUCAUCCACCUCCCCCAGUGGGUGGUGGAGGAGCGCCGCCAGAGCCGCAGCCUCGAUUUCCGCGAGCGGAAAGGCCUCUCCGCCCCGCCGGAACCCUACGUAUGCUCCGUCUGCGGCCGAAAAUGCAAAACAAAUAUGGAUUUAAAAAAACACUUCAAACAGCUUCACGAGAGAGAGAGGCAGAAGAAACUAAGCAGAAUGAGAAGCCUCAAGGGCAAGAAACGACAGCGUUUUAAAGAAAGAUUCAUCGAGGGCAACGAGAAGUACAACGAGGCGGCCCGGAAUCUGUUAACCCCGAAAACCGGGUACGGGUUGGCCCAGGAGCUUAGACGGGCCGGAGUGUACGUCAAGACCGUGCAGGACAAGCCGCAGGCGGCCGAUUGGGCGUUGAAGAAGCAAAUGCUGCACUCGAUGAAUCGAGGGGUCGAUUGGAUUGUUCUAGUGUCGGACGAUUCGGAUUUCUCGGAGACUUUGAGGAAAGCGAGGGAGGCUAAUUUGGGUACCGUGGUGGUGGGCGAUAGGGGUAGGGCGCUGGGGCGGAACGCGGAUGUGUGGGUCCCGUGGAUUGGAGUUGAGAACGGUGAGAUUAAGGAGAGUGAUUUGGAGUUGAAGAGUAAAGAAUGGAGGGAAGAUUCGGACGAGAGGAGUGGUUUUUCGGUUAGUGAGUUUGACGGGGGUUUAGUGGGGGAUUUGAGUUUGGAUGAAUUUAUCGGGAGUGAAGAGUUUGGUGGUUUGAGAAUUUCUUCGUUUGAUGAAGGAGAAGAUGAGUAUGAAUAUGAUGACGAGGAUAGUGAUGUCGAUGAUGAGGAACAAGGAGAUUACUCUAUUGAUAGUGACGAUGAAGGAAUAUUAUUUUGAUGUAAACUAUUGUUUGCCGAAAAUUGGGAAAAGAUUGGUUUUUUAUUUUUGGAGAAUGAUUCUUGAAAUAAUGCAUUGAUCGAACGAAGUUUCCGACUGUUGUUACAAUGGGUUCGGGAGCUCGAAAUCUUGAUAUGUGAUGUCAUCCUAGCGUAUUUCGGGUUUGCUUUCUUCGCCCUAAUACUUAAGGUUCUUUUAAUCUUCAUAGAAACAUAUGCACUAGAUACAAUAUAAUCGAAGAAACAAAUUAAAAUAUUUCGAAUGACGCUUAUACAACGUAAUGACUCUAGUCUAAAGUCAUUGGUAGUGAAUAUGGUGGAAGAUUGAAUCGACGAAUUAUAUCGAAAUAUAAUUUAUUUACUGAUACGUUUAUUGAUUUUCAGCGUUCCAUGUCAUCGUAUGAAUAGGAUAUUACAACGUGAAUAUCGACCAUUGUUUUGUUGUAAAUUAGACUAAUGUAUUUUUGUUCGUGCUGAAUAUGCACAUCGGUU